AUGCUGCUUCUCACUCCCAUGGUCGCCGCCCUCUUUGGACUUGCUUUGUAUUACUUUGUCCUCCCUGUCCUACACUACUUCUGGGAUGCGAAACGUCUUCGAAAAUAUCCAAACUGGUCUACAUUCUCAGGAAUAUCAGACCUUCCAUAUGUCCUUUUAAGCUCGAAAGGAAGUCGAUCUAAGAGCAUUCACGAGGCUCACAAGAUCGCGCCUAUUUUACGCAUUGGUCCAAACUCUCUUUCCUUUGGCCAUGCCAAAGCCAUCAAAGAUAUCUACGGUCAUGGUUCGAGCUGCACAAAAGACUUGAACUAUGUCAUUCUCCGCGGGACGCACACUCACUUGAUUGAUGUUGUCGACAAAGUUGAGCACGGAAGAAAAAGGAAACAGCUCUCAUCUGCCUUUGCCAUCAAGAACCUUGAGGCUUGGGAGUUUAAAGUGGCAGAAGUGACUGAGCGCCUGCUCAAACAAUUCGACAUCCACUGCACAGCUCCUCUUCCCAUUGAGGAUGGCGUACCAGAUCCAGCUGAUUUGAACCUUGACUACGGGAAAUGGAUCAACCUAUUCACCAUCGAAGCGAUCAAUAACAUUGCUUUGUCUGCUCGACUAGGCCUCUUGGAACAAGGGAAGGACGAGGUUAACGCCGAAAAAAUGGAUGGCACGACUUACAGGGCUCGAUACAGGCAGGCGCAAAAUCAGACAUCGUACGCUCAGUCAGCUAUGGUGUGGGACUAUAAUAAUUACCACAUGCUAGCAAGAUUCUCUCGACUCAUCCCAAAAUGGCGCAAAGUCUGGAACGAGGCUGAGCCAUGGAACGAUAUUCUGCUCCGCCAAGUCAACGAACGCUUAAGGCGAUACAUGGCAGGCGAGAAGCUUGACGACUUUUUCUCGGCUCUGAUGGACGACAAAUCUGGUAGACCUCGCAAUCUAGAGCUGGGAGAGAUUUAUGCAGAGGUCAGCGUCAUCAUCAACGCAGGCGCGGAUACGACUGCGAUUGCACUCACGAACAUUCUUGAGAUGGAGGAAAUCGACGGGGUCCUCGACGAUGAAGAAGCUGUCGCUCCAUAUGACAAAGUCAAGCAUCUCCCAUUCCUACGAGCUUGUAUUGACGAAAGCAUGCGACUUAUUCCCCCAACUUCUGCGGCCUUGAUGCGUCGGACGCCUCCCGAGGGUGCUCAGAUCUUAGGCGAAUGGAUCCCGGGUGAUACAAGUGUCUCGAUGACAAUUUACGGUGCCCAUCGCGAUGCCAACAUUUUCCCGAAUCCGGAGGAGUUUCAACCUCAACGAUGGAUGGAUUCGGAAGAGAGGAAACGAAUGGAACCCUACUUCAUCCCAUUCACUACUGGAGGAAGGGGGUGUAUUGGAAGGAAUAUUUCGUAUCUGGAGCAGAUUGUUGUGGUGGCAUCACUUGUGCAUCGCUAUGAGUUUGCUCUGCCUAGCCCUGAGUGGACGCUCAGUCGCCAUGAGGCAUUCAACAUCAUCGUGGGCGAGAUGCCAGUCAAGAUCUGGCGGAGGGCGCUGUCCUGA